GUGAAUCGCUCCGUCGAGCUGAAUGAUUCGAUACAACUUUAAUCCAGACGCGUGCUGUUCUUUAUACAGAAAAAUUGUGGAAAAGUGCCGAAACAAUUAAAUUAGGAGACUAGUAACAAAUUCUAAAUACCCAAAAUAGAGUUGCCGCCAUCUGAAUCAGCACCAUGUCGAACACAGAUGUGCAGUACAAUCAAGGCUUCAAUCAGAAUCAGGACAAUAACGAGGAUUAUAAUGAUGACAAUGACCAGCAGCAAGAGGAUGACGACCAAUACGAUAACGAUCAAAACGAUGGCGACGACGACUCAAAUGUGAAGAUCGGAAGCGUUGGCGAGAGUCCCAAGUUUAUAAGACUACGCGGUCUACCCUGGUCUGCUACGCACAAAGAGAUUCUUGACUUCUUGGUUAACGUGGAAGUGCUUAAUGGAUCGCAGGGCAUUCAUCUGGUUACCAGCCGACUGGAUGGCAAGAAUACAGGUGAAGCCUAUGUCGAGGUUGCCAGCCAAGAGGAUGUCGAAGAAGCACGAAAGCUAAAUAAAGCUAGUAUGGGUCAUCGAUACAUCGAGGUCUUCGUGGCAACGCCCAAGGAGGCAAAAGAGGCUAUGCGCAAAACAGGCGGUCAUGGUCAUGCCUUUGUUGUGAAACUACGUGGAUUGCCCUACGCUGUCACAGAACAACAGAUCGAGGAGUUCUUUGCCGGGUUGGAAAUCAAAACGGAUCGGGAGGGCAUACUUUUUGUUAUGGACAGAAGGGGUCGUGCAACUGGGGAAGCUUUUGUUCAGUUCGAAAGCCAGGAUGACACUGAACAAGCCUUGGGCCGAAAUCGGGAAAAAAUUGGGCACAGGUAUAUUGAGAUAUUCCGCAGCUCCAUUGCUGAGAUGAAGCGAGCGACAAACGGCGGUGUCGGUGGACGACCAGGACCAUAUGAUAUACGUGAUCGCGGUGCCAAUCGUGGCGGAAACGACUUUGGUGGACGCAAUGACUGGGGCAACAACAGCAACUUUGGUGUGGGCGCCAAUAAUAUGCUGGGCUUCAACAAUUUGCCCAGUUUAAUGAACUCGGGUAAUUUUGGUAAUAACUCCGGUGGCGGAGGUGGUGGAGGCGGCAACAAUGGCAAUUUUGGUCAAAACGCCGGUAAUUUUGGCAAUUUUGGUAACGAUUUUGGCGAUUUUAACAAUUUUGGAAACAAUCGCAGCAGCAACAAUGGCAACAAUUUCGAUAUGCCAGGAAACUUUGGCAAUAGCGGCGGCGGCUUUGGUAAUUUUGGCAACAAUUCAGGUGGCGGUGGCGGAGGUGGUUUUAACAGUGGAGGUGGUGUUGGUGGCUUCAACAAUGGGGGCAGCGGCGGUGGUUUCAACAAUGGCGGCAACUCCGGCGGUGGCUUCAACGGAGGUGGCGGCGGCUUUGGCAACUUUCCCAACAAUUCCGGUGGUGGUGGCUUCAACAGUGGCGGUGGCGGCUUCAACAAUGGUAUUGGUGGCUUUAACAACGGCGGUGGCGGCUUCAACAAUGGUGGCGGCGGCUUUAACAACGGCGGCUUCAACAAUGGUGGCAACUUUGGAUCGGCCGGUGGCAACUUCGGACCCAUUGGAGGGGGUCGCAACAAUGAUGUGGAAUAUUACACCAUUCAUAUGAGAGGACUGCCCUAUAAUUCAUUCGAAAAUGACGUAUUCAAGUUCUUCGAUCCCAUACGUCCGGCCAACGUGCGCAUCAACUACAAUAAGAAGGGCCUGCACAGUGGAACCGCUGACGCCUACUUUGACACAUAUGAUGAUUCGCAGUUGGCCAUGAAGAGGCAUCGCGAGCAAAUGGGCUCCCGCUAUAUUGAACUCUUUUAUGAUGGCAAAACUCGCGGCGGUGUUAAUGUCGGUGGCGGCGGCUCGGGCGUUGGAGGCGGCGGUGGCGGUGUUGGCAUUGGAGCUGGCAAUGGYGGCGGCGGUGGUGGUGGUGCCGGAGGUGGCGGUGGCUUCUCUCGACGUAUUUAAACGCUUCCUUUUACAUUAAUUCCAUAAUUUUUCAUACGUUAAUGUAAACGCAAGUAUUUUAUAAGUUUGUGGGCCACAUUUGAACGGCGGACAACUAUCGAACGCACCAUAGCAGA